AUGGCGACAAAUGGGAAUGGCCGUUCAAUGGAGUCGCGGACUGGGAGGAAUAAUCAGAGAUACAAUACGAAAGGCGAACGCCUGGUCGCCGGCGUAGUACCGUUAACGGCAGACAAAUCGUUUGUAAUGCUCAUCCAGUCAACACGGCGUAAGGGUUGGGUAUUACCCAAAGGCGGUUGGGAGUUGGACGAAGAAUGCCACGAGGCCGCGAUUCGUGAAGCCUGGGAAGAGGCCGGCAUUUGCAUCCAGAUCGACUACGACCUCGGCGACAUUCACGACACACGGCCACGGAAGAAAGCGUCGUCGUCCUCUUCCUCGUCUUCAUCUAAGAGCAAAGAUGGGAAAGGCGGCAAAGAUUCCACCAAAGAGAAGGCCGCCUCUCUCUACCGUUUCUACGAAGCGACCGUCACGAGUGAAGAGGUUGAUUGGCCUGAGAGGGACAAGCGUGAGCGCAAAUGGUUUACCUUUGCUGAUGCCAGUGAGCUGCUCAAGGAGCGGCCCGAGCUAUUGACAGCGCUGGACCGCUCGACCAUGAAGAGGUAG